CGGGGCGGCGGGGAGGGAAGAUGGCGGCGCCGGUGGGAACCGUCACCCGGGAGACGCGGCGGCCGCGCCCCCCGCAGCCCUGAGGGCCCGGCCCGGAGCUCCGGGAGCUGCCCGGCCGCAGCUGUGACGUGGAAUGCCAUGGCCAGUUCCUCAGACAGUGAAGAUGAUGGUUUCAUGGCUGUGGAUCCAGAAGAUGCCGUGGUGGAAGGGACGAUGGAGCAAGAUGAUGAGCCACAUCCUGAGCUGGAGGUGGAGGAGACCAGGCAUAACAGAUCAAUGCUGGAACUCCCAGAAGAGGUUUUGGAAUACAUCCUCUCCUUCCUUUCACCCUACCAGGAGCACAAAACUGCUGCCCUUGUCUGCAAACAGUGGUAUCGACUGAUCAAAGGUGUGGCCCAUCAGUGUUACCACGGCUUCAUCAAAGCGGUGCAAGAAGGAAACAUCCAGUGGGAGAGUCGCACUUACCCCUACCCUGGCACCCCCAUCACGCAGCGCUUCUCACACAGUGCGUGUUACUACGACGCCAACCAGUCCAUGUACGUCUUUGGGGGCUGCACCCAGAGCAGCUGCAACGCGGCCUUCAACGACCUCUGGAGGCUCGACCUCAACAGCAAGGAGUGGAUCAGGCCCCUGGCUUCAGGUUCCUACCCCUCACCCAAGGCUGGGGCCACACUGGUGGUCUACAAGGACUUGCUGGUGCUGUUUGGUGGGUGGACACGACCAAGCCCUUACCCUCUGCACCAGCCAGAGAGGUUCUUCGAUGAGAUCCACACCUACUCACCCUCCAAAAACUGGUGGAACUGCAUCGUGACCACCCACGGCCCCCCACCCAUGGCAGGACACUCCUCCUGUGUCAUUGAAGACAAAAUGAUCGUUUUCGGGGGUUCGCUGGGAUCUCGGCAAAUGAGUAACGACGUCUGGGUGCUGGAUCUGGAGCAGUGGGCAUGGUCCAAGCCCAACAUCUCAGGGCCCAGCCCUCACCCCCGAGGUGGCCAGUCCCAGAUUGUGAUAGACAAUGAAACCAUUUUAAUCCUUGGUGGCUGUGGUGGUCCCAACGCACUGUUCAAAGAUGCCUGGUUACUUCACAUGCACGUGAACCCCUGGACCUGGCAGCCCCUCAAGGUGGAGAACGAAGACCACGGAGCCCCAGAGCUGUGGUGCCACCCUGCCUGCAGGGUGGGACAGUGCGUGGUGGUCUUCAGCCAAGCUCCCAGUGGGAGAGCCCCGCUCAGCCCCAGCCUCAACUCUCGCCCCUCUCCCAUCAGCGCCACCCCGCCCGCCCUGGGGCCCGAGACGCGGGAAUAUCGCUCCCAAUCUCCCGUCAGGAACGCGGAUGAGGCUCCUUGUGUCAACGGCCGCUGGGGCACCUUGAGACCCAGAGCACAGAGACAAACCCCUUCGGGAUCCCGGGAAGGCAGCCUCUCCCCAGCCAGAGGGGACAGUUCCCCAGUGCUCAACGGUGGGAGUUUGUCCCCCGGGGCCGCGGCGGGCGGCGGGGGCUCCUUGGACAGCCCGGUGCAGGUGGUGUCACCCAGCACACCCUCGGCAGCCGAGGGCUACGACCUCAAACCAGGGUUGGCCUUGGCGCCGCGCCGGGGGUCCCUGCCGGAGCAGAAGGACCUGAGGUUAGGAUCCGUCGAGCUGAGCUGGGAACAAAAACCCAGCUCCAUCAUCUGCCAGAUGGAGGGUGUGGAGGGCAGGACAGUGAGGAACCCACCCGAGCAAACCAACGGCGUCCACACCCCGCCCCACGGCGCCAGCUCCCUCCCCGGGGCCGUGUCCCCCGGCGCGCUCCGGAGGAGCUUGGAAGCUGUCAAAGCUCUUUCUUCCAAAGGUUCCUCAGCUUCUGCAGCCUUGAGCCCACCCUUGGCUUCUUCUCCAGGGUCUCCAAGCUCCGAGACGGGCUCAUCAGCACGUCCGGGCUCUACCCAAGGUGAUGGCCAUUCCAUACCUCCCAUCGCCCGCCGCCUGGGCCACCACCCUCCCCAGUCCCUCAACGUGGGGAAGCCUUUGUACCAGAGCAUGAACUGCAAACCCAUGCAGAUGUACGUCCUGGACAUUAAAGACACCAAGGAAAAAGGACGAGUCAAAUGGAAAGUGUUCAACAGCAGUUCUGUGGUGGGACCACCUGAAACCAGUUUACACACGGUGGUUCAAGGCCGAGGGGAGCUGAUCAUAUUUGGUGGCCUCAUGGACAAGAAACAAAACGUGAAAUAUUAUCCCAAAACAAAUGCCUUGUACUUUGUGCGAGCAAAGAGAUAAUGCGGCCCCAGCCACCGUCACCUCCUCCCCUCCCUCCCUCUGCCUCUUCCCUCUCCUCCCCGAGCCCUUUCCCUGUCACGCAGGCGUUCAAACUGUGAAUUAGGGAGCAAGAAACCAAUAAAAAUCCAAGCAAAACCUCCAGUGCUGCCCCGCCGGUUCCCAGUAACAGCCCAGUUCCCUGACUGGUGAUUCCCAGGCAGGGAAGGACCCGCGUCGCUGCCAUCCGAGCCGAGGAGUUGGGAUGAGCAGGUAGGGAAUUCUGCCAUCCUGGAUCCUCUGGAGGUUGGGGUUGUUUUGCCAGGGCUUGGAGAGAUUUUGUCUCUCUGGAUUUCCUGGUGGGAUGGGAGGAAAAGUGGUUUUGUAGGAACCAACCAAAGAACCCGUGGGCACUUUUGCUUGAGCACCGGGUAUUCCCGUGCUUGUUCCGUAAGGAAAACAGCAGCAAUACCCUCCGUGGGAGUCUUCCAGCACUGCAGACCUUUGCUGGACACCAACAUGAUGCCUUUUUCCUGCCUCUCAUCCCCUUGGCCUGCCACUCUCCUUCCUCUCAUCCAGCCAGGACCCUUAGAAGGAAGAAAACAGAGGGAUUUUUGGGUCAAAAUGCCAAAAACAUGAAGAAUUAGCCAGGCUUUAGCAUCCUCCUCUACCUACCUGCUGGAUCAGGCUUCAUCCUGGCUCAGACCAGGACAGGGAUCAACCCUGAUCCCUCCUGAUCAACCAAAACCACCAUUUACUCUCCAAAUCCCAUUAUUCUCUCAAAAUUCCCCCAAAGCUGAGGAACGUGGUUCCCUUUUAACCUUGAAGGUUUCGUUUCACCCAACAACCCGAACCCGCUGGAGGCUGAACCAUCACCUCAGAGCUUGGGAACAGGCUUUUUUCUUUAAUAUUCCAGCCAAAAAAAGAGAAAUACUGGUCAAUUUGGGGUCAUGAGCAGCCCCACCAGCAGUAACCACCCCCCUCAUCUUUGCACCUGCCUCCUACAAAGAUUCCAAACACAAAUCCCAAGGGAUUGAACCUGUAGACAACCUCCCUCCAUCCCCUUUGAUGGGAGGGGACAAAAUGGGUGGAUUUGGCCCAAUUUUAGUCAACAAACAAAAAGGAAAGAACCCUCCCCAAGCCGGCAGUGCCAUGAAGUGGCCCCUUUCCCCUCUUUUUUCCCCAUUUUUGGGUGGUUUUUCCAUCCCCACGGAGCUUUCUUUUGCCGGUCAGAGCCUUAAAUCACAUCCCAACCACCCGGGGGGACAAGGGAGGGUUUUACUCUUUCUGGGGCCUUUCCACCUCUGUAAAUAAAUCCUCAUUAAAUCCAACCUCUCCCAUCCCCAAAAACAGAUCUGAUUUUUCCCAAGGGAAGGCAAUUUUUGUCCCACAUCCCCCUUUUUGCCCCCCAAACCUCAGGAGCACCUAUGGAAUAUUUCCCACCUGAAGCUUCACCGUGGGGAAGGUGGUUGGGGACUUUGGCUUUGGUUCCUUCGUCCCCUUUGCAUGUUUCUUGUCAGUCCACACCCAAAAAAAUAAGGGAUGGAUGGUGGGUUGAUGUUCCCCUUGAGCGAAUCAUCCCUCCAGGGGUGUUUUCCCAACGUUUACAUGGUCUCCAAACUCCAAAGGUCCCAAAAGAACCAUAACCGGUCCCAAAAUCCCCACAACUGGCCCCAGAAUCCCUAUAACUGGUUCCAAAACCCCCAUAACCAGUCCCAAAAUCGAACUGGUCACAAAAUCCCCAUAACUGGCUGCAAAACUGGCCCCAAAAUCCCUAUAACCAAUCCCCAAAUCCCCACAACUGCCCCCAAAACCCCAACCAGCCCCAACCCCCCCGAGCAGCCAGGUCCUCCCUCCCUCCUUCUGGCCCCACAAAGGGUCAUUCUGCACAAUAAAGAGUAAAUUCACCCCAAAAUCUGCCUCCCCCCCCCAACAAGCCAAUGGUGCUGUGAGCGAGGUGUGUGUCCCCCCCGUCACUCAGGUGUCCCCCCCCUUUGUCACCUCAGGCUCAGCUGAGCCUGGGAAUGAAAAAGGGUUUUUUUUGGUGAUAUUUAAAAUCUUGUGUACAUGGUUUUUUGGGGGUUUUGGGAUGGUUUGUUGUUUGUUUUGGGGUUUUUUUUGGGGGGUUUAAUGGAUGUGUGUGUCCCCCCCCCGCCUCAUCCCGAUGGAUUUUUAGCGGUUUAACAAAUAAAAAAGAAAAUAAA